UUAACGUCGUUGAUUUUGGCAAGAGCGUUUUGGUUAGAAGCUAAAUGGUUAUAUUUUUUGAAGUUGUGAAAAAUACAUACAAAUAUAAAGUGUAAUGCCUGAAAAUUAUUGCAAAAUGCACUUAAGAUUGUGAGCAAAGACAAGUUGUUAAAUUCGUGUAAAAGUUAACAGGUUAAAGACGAAAUCCUUUCACCUACGAAUCUGGACGAAAUUUGGAAAUAAUAAAUGACAAGAUAUUUUUGAGUGUGACUAAAAAUGAAUCCCUCCGAGCUGCGUAUGAUGUGGAUGAGUCACUAUAAUCCUGAACGCAUCACAGUGGAGGACGCACCCUCAUUCUUUGGGCAUCCAUCAGUGGGACUUUCUGUAAUGGACGAUUUAUCCUCACAUCAACCAACAAUGGAUUUGAAUCCAAUGAUGAGUAUUGUUGGGGGGGAUUUCAGUGGUCAGGCGGCAGCAGCAGCAGCGGCUGCAUUAGGCGUACAACCGACAGCUCUAAUUGCGGCCAAUUCUAACGAUAUUUACGGUCUAGCACAAGUAGGUGGUUUGCAUCAACAGUUACUUCAACAAUCGGCCGCAGCUGUUUUUCAAAACUACACAGAAGUUAUAGACGAUGAUGAUGGCACUGGAAGUGGCGCAAUAGGUGCUGACAACAGCGGUUGUGGUAAUGUCAGCGUAGACAAAUCAUUAGCAACACAAUUUGUGCAUAACGAUGAGCCACAACCAAUCUAUGAUCAAUUGGAUGAUGGUAGUUACGAUGGUGGUUUAGCGCCAAAACAGGAAAUUAUAAAUAUUGAUGAUUUCGUUAUGAUGACCGAUUCUAAUUCAUAUGAUGGUACAGAAUUUAUGGCUGACGAAAGAGAAGUGGCAGAAGGAAGUAGUGGUGGCGUUGAUAUCUCCCAUGCACAUGGCAUGGAUGAGAAUGGUGUCCUUGUGCCUUUGGAUAGUGGACACAAAUUAAUAGGCGAUAGUGGCGAUGAGGUGAUGGUGCCCGCCACCACAACCGUAAUGCAAGCAACAGCGGCAACCUCAUCAAGAGGAUUUGGUGGAGGUGGAGGAACGGGCCACCAUCGCUCAUCGCAACGUAAGACUCGAAAAAUAGAACCAGUUAACAGGCCAGGACUGGUGCUGAAGACACCAAUAGCAUAUAAGGGAAACAUAGAUCCAUCGGUUAUACCAAUUCAGAAAGACGGCAUGGCCGUCUGUGAGCGUUGUGGUGCAAUCGGUGUAAAGCACACUUUCUACACCAAAUCUCGACGUUUUUGCAGCAUGUCCUGCGCUCGUGGCGAACUUUAUUCUUUGGUAGUAAACAACACUAAAAUGGCAGGUGGUGCGCAACAACAGCAACAGACGAUUUCCAACUCCCCCGUGCAAGAUCAUAUCGAUGGUGUAGCUGGAAGUAACAAUGACCAAUCGAAAAUUACACAAAUCAACGGUUUUGGCGAACCUGUCAUGUCCGCCGAAUUGACAGGAAUGGAUGGCGCAAGUGCACUAACAGGUCUAGGUAGUGAGAAUGGAGCCUUGUGUGGUGUAAAUGCAGGUGGCUUAGUUGCUACGCCAAAGGCACUUCAAAUGUACCGUGAUGUUUUACCACAAGAAGACCUGCCACAAAUUCCAAAAUUUGAACGUUUACCAGUUUCCUGCCCACAAAUGGAAAAAAUCAUUAGUAUACGUCGUCGUAUGUAUGAUCCGUCGCAUUCUUUCGAUUGGACGCCGCGUUUGUCGCAUCCGAAUUUUUUCGCUGCACCCGUUACUUGCUUUCCACAUGCACCCGGCUACGAAGUUUGGGACAGCAUUGGCAUUGACAUGAAAGUUGAGGUGGAGAAUACAGAUUGUGAUAACACGGAAAUAGUGCAGCCCGGACAGACGCCACACUCGUUUUGGGUUGCGACGAUCUUAAAUAUUUGCGGAUACAAAGCUCUUAUGCGUUACGAAGGCUUUGAUGAGCCAACACAUGACUUCUGGGUAAAUCUAUGCAAUGCGGAAGUACACUCGGUUGGUUGGUGUGCGACACGCGGCAAACCUCUAAUACCGCCACGUACUAUCGAGAAUAAAUACAAAGAUUGGAAAGAUUUCCUCGUGGAACGAUUGUCUGGCGCACGUACACUGCCUUCCAGCUUUUACAACAAAAUCAAUGACAGCAUGCAGUCGCGCUUCCGACUGGGCUUGAAUUUAGAGUGUGUGGAUAAGGAUCGAAUCUCACAGGUUCGCUUGGCAACGGUGACAAAAAUUGUAGGCAAGCGUUUGUUUUUGCGGUACUUUGACUCUGAUGACGGUUUUUGGUGUCAUGAGGACUCGCCCAUCAUACAUCCGGUCGGUUGGGCGACUACCGUGGGUCACAAUUUAGCGGCACCGCAUGAUUAUUUAGAACGAAUGUUGGCUGGCCGAGAGGCAAUGAUUGAAGUACAUGAAGAUGAUGCAACGAUUGAGCUUUUCAAAAUGAAUUUCACUUUCGAAGAAUAUUACAUGGAUGGCAAAGGGAAUGGUUUUGUGGAAGGCAUGAAAUUGGAGGCGGUCGAUCCUCUCAAUCUAUCAUCGAUUUGUGCUGCAACCGUAAUGGCGGUCCUUAAAUUUGGCUACAUAAUGAUACGCAUCGAUUCUUAUCAACCAGAUGCAACAGGGUCAGAUUGGUUUUGCUAUCACGAAAAAUCGCCCAGCAUAUUCCCAGUAGGCUUCUGCGCUUCAAACAGCAUCACUUUAACACCUCCCAAUGGCUAUGACGUCAAUACGUUUAGUUGGGAAAAAUAUUUGCAAGAAACGGGUAGCGUUGCUGCUGGCCAGCAUUUAUUCCACCGGAUUGUGCCAAAUCAUGGAUUUCGGGUCGGCAUGAGCCUCGAAUGUGCUGACCUUAUGGACCCGCGUUUGGUAUGUGUUGCGACUGUAUCACGCAUAGUCGGUCGUUUGCUUAAAAUACACUUCGACGGUUGGACCGAUGAGUAUGACCAAUGGUUGGAUUGCGAAUCACCAGAUGUUUAUCCAGUAGGUUGGUGCGUACUGGUAAAUCACAAGCUCGAAGGGCCGCCGGUGCCUGUGCAGGCUACAGCCAAAACGAACACCAAAGCGAAAAGUCCGAAAAAACGCAAGAAAAAAUCCACUGCUAAAGGCGUGGAAAAUUCAAAUACAGCCAAACCACGUACGAUUGCUUUAAAAACAAAUCCGCAUCUUCCGAAGUUGAGUAUUAAACUCGAACUUAAGCCAGAGCAUCACAAUGCCGCUUUCUACGAGGAUAAUAACGAGGAUGAUGACGAUGAUGGCGACUAUGAAGAGGACAGCACCAGUCAUCGCUCCGGUCAAUCCACCCCACUAUCACAUAACGAUGGCAGCCAGCUGGCUUUGACGGAAAAGAUCACCACAGCGCAGCAAACAUCCAUGACUCAAGCGUCCGCGCCAACGCGUGUCGGCAACCCAGCAGUAAAGAAGUCGGUGUCACCAGCACCGCCGGUUGUGGGGCGCAAAGCUACCAGCUACAUUGGGAACUCAUCCGUCUGCAAUAGCAAGUACAUUCCGCGUCUUAUCGAGUCCUCUUCGAACGAAAACAACAGCGGCAGCAGCGGCGGCAACAAUAACAGUCAAAAUGCGGACCCACAAGCAGACCUCAUACCCGAUACGUGGAAUGUAUAUGACGUUUCGCAAUUCUUACGCGUCAAUGAUUGUACGGCGCACUGUGACACAUUUUUGCGUAAUAAAAUUGAUGGCAAACGUUUGCUGCAACUAUCUAAGGAUGAAAUAAUUACUUUGCUUGGCAUGAAAGUGGGCCCAGCGCUUAAAAUAUCCGAUUUGAUACAGCAGCUUAAAUGCAGAGUUAACCCUGGUAAAUCCAGAUUGCAUAAGGCAAACAAAACGUUUUUAUAGUGCCUUUUGAAGCGAUCGCAUCAAAGAGUAACAUCAAAACCACCUAAGCCAACAACUUUUCGUCUUAAGCUCUCACACCUAGCAAUUCGUCACAAUAUUGUAUCGUAUCUAAUAUGAUUACUGUAGCUCUUAAGUAUACCAAAUAUGUAUAUCACGAGAUAACACAGGCAUUGUACGAAGUAUGAGAGUGUCUCAUGUGCAUGCUGCACUUCAUAAAAGCAUGAUGUGCGUUGGGUUACAAUGAUCAUAGAUGAGUUUGCUGUCAAUUGGAACAUUUUAGAGUGAAUGAGAAAAAUUUUUGUUAAGUUAAAUCAAGCUGAAUUAGACACAAGGAUUCAGCAUCAGCAAAGUAGAAGUUAUAAGAUACGGAAACCAGUAGGAAACUUAACAAUGAAAAUUUGAAAAUAUUAUUAGUUUUCUGUAAUGACGUAGAAUAGAUACUUAUUUGAUAUAAUUUUCACUUCAUACAUAUUUUUAAUAUCUAGUACACAAUAACUUUAUUUUAGUUAAAAAACGCAAAGAAAAGAAAACUACCUUAUGUAUAAAUAAUUUUGUGUAUUUGUAUUUUUUUCUGUCAAUAAGAAAACGUGGUGCACGAAAAAUGUAACACAUUCGUAGACUGAGAACAAUUAUUAAAUGAAAACAGUAAACAUAAUUUAUUACUACAACAAUUGCAUAAUUACAAUCAAUUACCACUGCAACAA